CAUAAAUAUAAUUGCCAGCAUGAAUGCAGGGCUUAGUAAGGAAAGCGUCCUUCAAGUGGAAGGGCUUAACCCCCGCUACCUCCUCCUCCGAUGCAUCGGAGGAGGCAGCUACGGCAAUGUUUACUCCGCUAAGGACAAGACCACUGGCGGGCUAGUGGCUAUUAAGGUGAUCCCUUCCUUGUUUGACGACUUGGUUGACUGAAAGAAGAUUUUGAGGGAAAUCAACCUAAUGCGGGAGAUUGAGUGUGAGUAUGUGGCCAAGAUGCUGGACAUGGGAAUUAUUGGAGAAGAGGAUAGUUUCGAUAGUGUCUACAUUGUCAUGGAGUAUGUCAAGACUGAUAUGAAGUAUAUGCAGUCCAGAGAGGAGAAACUAAAUCUGCCUCAGGUAAAAUAAGUUGAUGUAUUCAUUCUUGUGAGGGCUCAAGUAUCUUCAUUCUGCACAUGUGGUUCACAGAGAUAUUAAGCCUGCAAAUCUGUUAGUAGACAAGGAUAGAGUUAAGAUAUGUGAUUUUGGACUUGCCAGAAGUCUUGAAGGGGUCUAUGAAGCAGAAGAUUUAGAGUAUAGCAAAUCCUCAACUCUGAAAGGAGCUUCAGCUUUUCUCUCUAAGAAAGGCAACAUCGAGAAUAGGAUUAAGCCAAGGAAGAGUUUGGCCUUAAACUCAAAUAGUCCGAAGAAAAUUGAUAUGGCCAAUUUGAAGAAAACUUCUACGAUGAGAAAGGAUAGCUCAGACAUUGAAAACCAAAGUGCUCUAUUGAAUCUAAGAGGCCAUCGAGAUAGCCUUGAUUCGAAUUCUUCAAAGCUUGGCAUCAGUAGACUUAGCUUUAGUUCUAUAGGGCCAAAGUAUGUUGAGAAUAAAUUUGUUCCAGAAGAACCAGCCGAGCCAAGAAGAAAGCUAAAGAGGAAAUUGACUUCUCACGUUGUCACUAGAUGGUAUCGAUCCCCAGAACUUGUUCUUAUGGAGAAACAUUAUUCCUAUGAAAUAGAUAUAUGGUCAUCUGGGUGAAUCUUUGGAGAGCUAAUCAGGAUGAUCUCAUCAGAUACUGAAUAUAGUCUACAUCAAUCAGCAUUAUUCCCAGGAAUGUCUUGCUUUCCCUUGUCACCAUGUGAAGAAGAAGAUAACGAGGACAUAAUAGAGGGAUAUCCAAUUAACUCUCACGACCAGAUCCAAAGUAUAUUUGAUAUAAUAGGAACUCCCUUGAACAAGCAGGCUUAUAGUUUUGUGAGUGACGAGUCUGCUCUUGAAUAUCUUAGGCUGAUUCCCCCAAGAGCUCCUAUUCCUUAUGGAGAUCUGUUCCCAGAAGCUAAUGAUGAUUGUCUGGAUUUGCUGGAUUUGAUGCUCGAAUUCAAUCCUGAGCAGAGAUGUUCAGUUGAUAUGCUUCUUGAACAUCGUUUCUUUAAGGAAAUCAGAAAUAAGAGGAAAGAGAGGGAGGCUAAAAGCCCAAUAGUUUUAGAAAUUGAUGAAUACGAUGAGGUUGACGAGGACUUGUUGAGGCAAGGCUUACUCAAGGAAGCUUAUGCAUAUAAGAACUAGUAAUGGGUUAUAAUUUCUGUGAGAUUUAUGGUAGGCUACUCAAGAAAAAAUAUUUUA